UGUUUCUUCGCAAAGUGCGGAGUAGGGAUCCUGUUUCUAACAUGAAUGAAAGCCGAAACACACUGCAGACAUCAUCUAUUUUGAGGCCGCUUUAACUGCCCUGGCUCAGUGCUGUUGGAUCCUGGGAAUUGUAGUUCAUUGUGGCACCAGGGUUCUCUUUGACAGGGAAGGCUCAAUGUCUCACAAAACUACUUUCCCAGAAUCCCCUAGCAUUGAGGCCGGGCAGUUAAAGCGGUCCCAAACUGGAUUAUUUCUGCAGUGUGGGUUUGCACCGAAGAAACCCUAAAGAGGUUCCCUUCGGGUCCUGGAAGCUAAGCAGGGUCAGCCCCGACUUCACCAUCAUGAUUUCCCUGACAGAAAAGGACAGACCUGUUGCUCAGAAGUUACUGGAUUUUGGAGCAUGCCCACGCUGUGUCCUCAGAUUCUGCCGUGUGGGAACGCAGGCUUCAUAUAGGCGGCCGCAUAAGGAGUUGCUUAGCGAACUGUGUGAAUUCCUGAGAACCAGCAGAGAUGAGAACAAAUUAUCUUGUGAAACAGCAAACCCACCCUGUAAGAAAAUCAAACUGGAGAGCACCAAAGAAACUGAAGCUGAAGAGCAGACUCUAAAUGGAAGCCAUCAGCUAGGCCAUGUGAAUAACAACAUAAAUGCUAAUGCUGAGAAUGUAGAGCCAGCUGUAUGCACUCUUUGCUUGGGGAUUCUUCAGGAUCUCUGUGAAGUGGAUUUUGUGAAAAUGGUGUGCUGUAAAAUUAAUUCCCCAGAAUAUCAGUUUUCCAGCUUUGUGUUUUCAGUGUCUUUCCCACCUCAGCUCUUUGUCAGGGAGCAUGCAGCAUGGCUGCUGGUAAAAGAAGAAAUAGGGAAACUGGACCUUAUGGUGGAAAAAGAAGAUCUUGUUCAACUAAAAGAGGCAUACAAGUGGAUCAUCCACCCCUUAUUCAUGGUGGAGUUGGGGGUCCCUGCUGAUGGAAAGAGCCUGUUUGAAGUGUCUGUGGUCUUUGUCCAUCCGGAAACUGAUGAAGACUGCCAUUUUCUAGCCUCAGCAUGUCCAGGUUGUUUCAAGCCAACAAAGAACAAACAGUCUGUCUUCACCAGAAUGGCUGUUGUUAAGGCUUUGGAUGUGAUAAGUGAAGAAGAUUUUCAUAAGAACUUUGGAACCCCACCGAGUUUGCCCAAGACCCCUUGCACAGCUGUUGACAUUCAAUGUACCAAUGGUGCCAUCUUUGUGGCUGGAAGAUAUAACAAAUACUCAAGGACAUUACCUCAAACUCCCUGGAUUAUAGAUGGAGAGAGGAAGAUGGAGUCUUCUGUGGAAGAGCUGAUCUCAGAGCAUCUCAUGGCUACCUUCAAAGCAGUCAGUUUCAAUUUUUCAUCCUCUGGAAGAGAAGAUGUGGAUGUGAGAACUUUAGGCAAUGGGAGGCCAUUUGCAAUUGAGCUGGUGAAUCCUCGGAAAGUCCACUUGGAUGCAGCAGAAAUGAAGGCACUUCAGCAGACAAUCAAUAACUCAUCAGACAAAAUCCAAGUUCGUGAUUUGCAGCUGGUCACCAGGGAGGCCAUUGGGCAUAUGAAGGAAGGAGAGGAAGAAAAGACCAAGACUUAUAGUGCCUUAAUAUGGACAGAAAAAACAAUCCGGAGUGAAGACAUUGCAUUUCUAGACAAUAUGAAGGAGUUAAAACUGGAUCAAAAGACUCCACUACGGGUUCUUCAUCGGCGACCUCUAGCAGUCAGAGUUCGUGUCAUCCACACCAUGAAGUCGGAGUACAUAGAUGAGCAUCACUUCCGUCUCCAUCUGAAAACUCAGGCAGGAACCUACAUUAAAGAAUUUGUGCAUGGAGACUUUGGGAGAACCAAGCCAAAUAUCAGUUCCCUCCUGGGAAUGACUGCUGACAUCUUGGAGCUGGAUGUAGAAUCUGUGGAUGUUGAUUGGCCUCCAACUCUGGACAAUUAAUGAAUAAUUUAAGUUUCAAGAUGGUGGUGAAGAAGAGGGAUGAAGAGAGACCAUCUCACCAAUGAUGGAUUAAAAGCGAAUGGGUUCCAUUUUGGAAGCUAGCUGGCUUCUCUGGAUUUUACUUAAGCAUUUUAGAUCAUGUUGAUCUGUUGUUUUAUACUUAAAAUGUGUGUUCUUAAUUGGAUUUAAAGAUUCUGAAAACAGUGGAUUGGAUGGAGCAAGAUGUAUCUGUUUUGCGGUUGGAAGGACUACACUCACAAAAGGUGUCUCUGUCUAAUUUGGGAUGGGAGGAAUUCCUCUUGCCACCUUUAUCAUGUCUCACCCCAUUAAGCAGAAGCUUGCACCCUCUGUAUAGAGCUGGUGUGGCUACUAUGGGGAGAAGCAAUGGGGAAGUCUUACCAUCAAUCAUGUUUGGUGCACUUAAAUCUGGGAUCAAGCCCUGGUACUUUGCCAGGCAUUAAUUUAAAUGCUUACCUGUCUGGAACAAAUUGCAAUCUCAAGAGAGGACCGCUUCUUGUAAGACAAUGCCUUUGAUUUUCCCACCAAAGGCAGUCAGAUUUGGAAUCCAUUAAAUGAUCAGAAAAUAGCAACUGCAUUCUAAGAAUGAGAUGCACUUUCCUGAAAAUUACUUAGCUCUGUGUGUCAGAAAAAGAAGAAAGAACUCUUCCAAUCAGUGAUGGAGACUUUCUUUUUUGGUGUUUGGUUUUCAAACCGCCUGCUUUUGUGCACACCACAUACAGAAAGAGUGAUAAGCAGGAGUUAAACCAUCUCUUCAUGCAAUGCUGCCAAUACAGCAGGGCAUGGUGCUUAAAAUCACCUAGGAAUUCUGUACAUACAGGUUGAGUGAGUCUUAUCAGGAAUUCUGAAAUUCAAAAUAUUCCAAAAUUGUCCAAAAGGCUGGCUGAGAUCGUGACACCUUUGCUUUUUGAUUGUAUAGUGUACACAAUCUUUGUUUCAUGCACAAAAUUAUUUUUAAAAUACUAUUUAUAAAAUGACUUACAGGCUUUGUGUAAAAGGUGUAUAAGCAACAUAAAUGAGUUUUGUGUUUAGACCUGGGUUCCAGCCAAAAAAUUCUGAAAUCCAAAACACUUCUGAUCCCAAGCCUUUCAGAUAAGGGAGACUCAGCCUGUACUACGUUACCAAGAUAUACUCUAUAUGGGAUGAUCAUAUGCUGUUAACUCUAGAUCUGUGGCAAAGAGCAGCAGUAUGAUUGCUAGUGAUGGAAGGUUGGUAAGCAAUUGCACAUGAGGAUACUCAAUCAGCAGGCACUCAUUUAAACUGCUUCAGUCCUGUGCAUAUUUACUCAGAAGUAAACUCUAUGCAGUUCAACAGGACCCUACCACCCCACUGGAAAUUUGGCAUGCAUAGGAUUGCACCUUCAGUGUUGGAUAUGUAAUACUGAGGACAAAGCUCUAAAUAACCAUCUCUCUUGAAAGGUAGAGGGGGGUUUGCUAUCCUUUAGGAAGAUGCUGUAAUUCAGAGAUGGGCAACUGUGGAAGUUCGGGGGCUGCUUUUAUGCUCCAGGACCUUCCAGUGACUUCAAGGACUACUAAAAAAUGAAAGAAGAAACCCAAAGUGGCUCCAAGUCUGCUUCUGGAUUUCAAAAAUUGAUAUUUUUAAUAUUAAAUGGUGCAAAAAGGGCUUGAAAUAUAUUUUAAAAGUAAAUCGUUCCACCUGGAUGCUUCCAGGAACAACAAUUCACCCUCUGGCUAAAAAAGGUCAGAGUAGAGAUUCUGGAGGUGUUAAGGGUCACAAAGUACAUACUUGGGAAACCUUAUGUGGCCCCAGGGCUAUCGCUUGCCCACUGAUAAAGUCAGUGAGUGAAAAGGAUAAUUGCUCUUUCCAGACAGUAAUAUUUGCCCAGUGAUAUGUACCCAGAAAGAAAUAGGAUCAUGUGAAAUGCAGAGGAAGUUAUAAUUGAAGAUGUCACUUGCUAAGAAAAGUUCUGUUUUUUUUUUUAAAUUAAGAAAAUAAAUGCUCCCUUCUUAAAAUCCUG